AUGGCGCCGCCGUCGCCGCCCACCUUUAUAGACAACGCGCUCAGGCCACGCCCCCACGCCGCGGGAACGCGGCCGCACGAGGGCCUCCCGGGGUCUCCCCGGGUUCCCGCUUGGGGCUGGUGGGGGCAGCCGAGGGCAGCCGAGGACGUGCGUGCGUGCGUGCGUGGUGCGUGGGAGCGGGAGAGCCCAAGGGGCGGGCCGGCGGGGGGGGCGCACGAGGCGCGGCGGGCGGGGCAGCGGGAGCGCACCGCCUCCUCGCGCCCAGGCCCCCCCGCGCGCGCGCCGCGAGUGGUUCAGCCCGGCCCCCGGCUCAUUGUGCUCGUCUCACGCCGGCCCAAGAUGGCGGCGGCGCUGGAGGCUCUGGGCCUGUGA